UUCUUCUACUUCACUUUCCGUUGUGACCACGACACGAAGAGAAACACUCUCUCUCUCUGCAGUUAUUGUGCAGAGAAAUUGAAAUAAAUAAGAAAUAAUUGUUUUAUAACUAAUGAAUAAUUGACAGAAAAUGUUAAGGAAAAUAUAAUUGUAAAUAAAAUGCAAGAGGACGUAUUUCCGGCAGCUGAGAAAAUCUUGGCUGACAUUGAAAAUGUUUUGGAGAAGGAUCAUAAUCUUAUUGGUUUUGAAAUUAUUCCGGCCGAGGACAAUGAGAAUAAAUCACCGGUUUUCCAUGCUGAGAAUUAUUUAGGUCUCGCAUCAUGGAGUGUACAACCAUUGUUUUGUUACGUUUACAAUCGUCUCUUGGAUCUAAGACAAAGUAAAUAUCGACGUGAAGAUCCAGUGAAAAUAUCACGAUGGCUUCUCGGUGCUGUUCUAUUAAAUCCCGACAUAUCAACAUUUUGGAAUAUGAAACGUGAAUUAGUGAAAAAUCGACGUCUAGAUCCAAUGCAAGAAUUACGUUUUUCAAGUAUUGUUCUUUAUUAUAAAUCAAAAUGUUUCGAAGCAUUUGUUUAUCGUCGUUGGCUCAUUAAAUUUUUAUUAACUGACACAAGUCAAUCGUCAAUUGAAAUUGAGACACUCGUGAGAAAUGAGAUAAAAGUUGCAACAAUGACUGCAAAUAGAUAUUGUAGUAAUAAUCAUGCAUGGUGUCAUCGACAAUAUGCCGUUGGUCUUUUUGAGACAUUGGCUAAGGAGAAUUUUUAUUCAUUUCUACAAAACGAAUGGGAGACGACAAAUAAUUGGUGUAGUCGUAAUGUUUCCGAUUACAGUGGUUUUGCUUAUCGACAAUUUUUAUUGAAAAAAUUACUCUUUAUUUAUCCACGAAACGAUGAAAUGAAAAUAUCAUUGGACAAAAUAGCCAGGCAUCGAACAAUUGUUUUAGAAUACGUGAAAAAUGAUAAGAGAGAAUGUAAAAACGCAUUUGUCUAUUCAGACACAGUGAACAGUGAAUUCUUGUGUCCUUUACAUGGUGUGAGAAGUGAAAAAAAAGCCGAAGACUGUGAUCAAACGGUGAUAAAUCUCUCAUAUUGGAUUGAAGAAUGUGUAUUGAAUGAGGAUUUAAUAAAAACAUUUCCUGGUCAUGAGGCUCUAUGGUGUCAUAGAAGAUUUUUGGCCUACUCUCUUCUUGCCUUAAUAAACUCUUAUAAAAAGUAUUUUCAAUAUAAAAGUGAAAUUUUCGAUUUCAAUCAAACUCAAAGGCAUUGGAAUAGAGAAAAUAAAGUUGCCGGCGAUUCAGCAAUGUCACGUGGACUUCUUGAGGAGGCAUUUCAUAUACACAAUCAAGAUCUAAUUGCUCAAGCCAAAAGAUCUGGUCAACAUCAAAAUUUCCUAGCCGAAAAGUUCAUUAAAUAUCUAAUGAAUAAUGAUUUGGAACAAUGAGAACAUUUUUUCCUCUUAUAAAGUCGUAUUUUGCGAGAAAAGGUAGAUCAAAUUUUGUGUCUGCUACGACUAUAAUUAUAUAAAUAUUCAAGCAUUAUAUUUUGUAGAUAGUGAAAAUAAUUCUCUCCGCCCAAUUAAUCGACUAGUUCGAUUUAAGCAAAUUUUUGUCAAUGAUUUUUAGAUGACUGGAAAAAUAGUCAAUAAAGCAAAACUUUUUAAAA